AUGUCAGGGCACCAUCAUGAUCACGAUGGCCACUGCCAUGGCGAAGAUCACGACCAUACCAACGACAUCACUCCAGCCAUCCAAUCCCUCCUCUACUCCCAGAUCAAUUUCGAUCGGAUCACAACUCUGAAUGAGACAAUUCCAAACUCUGGCGCAUCCAUCGUCCAAAAGGCCUGGGCCGAGCGACUAAACGACAAGCCCGAGGUCGAGAGCGAUGCUGACGAACAGCUGCUUAUGACCAUCCCCUUCAACGGGCAAGUCAACGUCCACUGCCUCCUCCUGUACACAGCUCCCACAAACUCCGCUCCAAAAACAGUAAAGCUGUUCAAGAAUCGCGAUGAUUUGGAUUUCUCAACCGCGUCGGAGUUGCACCCGACUCAAAUUAUCGAGGUCCCGCAGCCUGUACCCGGCGCCGAUGUCUUUGAAUUGCCACUGAACCGUGCCCAUUGGAACGCGACUACCUCCGUUACACUUUUCUUUGAGGAUAACUGGAGUGAUGGUGAGGAGGAUGUUACGAAGGUUGGGUAUGUAGGCUUCAAGGGGCAGUUUAUGAAGUUGACCCGGGAACCGAUUAAUUUCCUCUACGAGGCUGCGGCAAACCCUCAGGAUCAUGUCUCUAUUCCCGGUGUAAGUGGUGUGGGUGGCACGAUUAUGCCUGGCAAGUAG